UUUACAUGAAUGAAUGUAACUUGCUUUAUCCUCGGGUGGCCGGAAAACGACAGUCGUUACAUAUGGGUCAGUUCUAGAAUUAGGCCAUAGUUGGCCCAUUACCCCAACAACUUGGCUUUAAAAGUAAACAAAUCGUUGAUUUAAAGUUGUUUUUAACAGAUGUUGGCCUUUGCACUAAAUAUCUGAAGCACGAAGUGUUUAUCUAGUGCUGGGUUUGGAAGGAUAUGCUUAAUUACUAAACUAAAAUGGAUCAAAAUUAACGAAGAAGCCAAACUAUGGUUAAAAGACGAAAACUCGUGAAUUCGGUGUCAGACUUGGAUUACUGGAAAGAGCCAGUGAAACUAAAUGUGAAAGAUUUCUCAUGUUAUAACUUAUUCAUUGGGAUUGGGCUUGUGUUAGUUAUAAUUUGUCCCCCCGUGUUUUUAUACACGGAGGGCAAAUGGCUGGCGACAAGUUUGGCAAACGAGAAGCAACAACUGGAAUCUGUGAAUGAAGUUGCGCAAGAAAUAGUAGAACAGGAACCCUUCCACGAAAGAGAUCGUCGACAAGCACAAACGGAAACAAUAUGCACGUGCACCGAGACAAACACGACAAUUGACGAAGGUAUGUUGGAAUAUAUGUAUCUGUAGUUUUGGGGUAAGAUGGAUAUAUAGUACUGUGGGGUAAGAUGGA